CGAUUAGACGUUAAUGGAGCUCACACACGACCUCUGUCGUUUUCACUAUCCCAUUCCCAUGUAAAGAACCUCCGUCCUCCGGUUCAAUUUUCCAGUGAAAUUCAACAACCACGACCCUGUCAAAUUUAUUCGUCAAGAUCCAAUCCCUAAUUUUGAAUCGUGUUUGCUCCGUCACCGUAAUAAUGUAUCCACCGCCGAUUCAUGUCUCCUCCUCUUCUUCUUCUCCGGCGACGGAUGUCUCGUCGCCACUUCUCAAUCGAAACCGGCGUGCUCUCUCCCGUUCUUCGCAACCGCUACGUGGCGCGGCGUCUCGGCUUCUUCGCCGAGCUAGCAGUCGCCGGAUGAUGCUCCGUGAGUCAUCGGUUCGAGUCCGUGAGAACGCGGCUGAGCAGAUUGAGGAGCGACAAAGUGAGUGGGCGUAUUCGAAACCGGUUAUAGUCUUAGAUGUGCUCUGGAAUCUAGCUUUUGUAUUCGUCACAAUUGCUAUUCUAGGGUUUAGUUCUGAUGAGAAUCCUCAUGUUCCUCUUAGAUUCUGGAUUAUUGGGUAUAAUUUACAGUGUUUGUUCCAUGUUGGAUGUGUAAUUGCUGAGUAUCGUCGUCGUCAUCGACGACAAAGUGAUGAUUUUCCAAACGAAGAUUCUGUUUUGGGUUCAAGUUCCAGUCACGGAUCUAGUGAAGAUGAAUCUGAUGAUUACGCCAUUGUAGAUGAUUCUCAGAUUGAACCUGGAACUAGUCUUGCUAAGCACCUUGAAUCAGCAAAUGCAAUCUUCUCGUUUGUUUGGUGGAUCAUUGGGUUUUAUUGGGUCACUGCUGAUUCUGAGGAACUCUCUCAAAGUUCGCCUCAACUCUACUGGCUCUGUGUUGCGUUUCUCGCCUUUGAUGUUAUCUUUGUCGUCCUUUGUGUUGCUGUCGCUUGUCUUAUUGGUAUCGCUGUUUGCUGCUGUUUGCCUUGCAUCAUUGCGGUUUUGUACGCUUUGGCAGAUCGGGGAGGCGCAUCGGAUGAGGAGAUAGAAAGGCUCCCGAAAUUCAAAUUUCUGACGGUAAGAAACUCAGAGAAAGUGAAUGGUGAGAUACGAGAAACUCAUGGAGGGAUAAUGACUCAACUUGGUGUUGAUUCUCCAACCGAGCGUGUGCUAUCAAGCGAUGAAGCUGAAUGUUGCAUUUGUCUCUGUGAUUAUGAAGAUGGAACAGAGCUGAGAGAAAUGUCAUGUAGACACCACUUCCAUGAAGCUUGCAUAGACAAAUGGCUACGUAUUAACGCCACUUGCCCUCUCUGCAAAUUCAACAUUCUCAAAACCGGUGAACGAAGUGGCAACGAUGCAGUAUGA